AUGAAAACUGCUUUCCAAGUUGCCAUUGCUGCUCUUAAACUUAAGCAUAAGCAAGUAUCAAGUCUAAUGCGUUCGACAGAUAAUCAACUUUGGAGAAAUUUGGAAUACGGCGAUAAAUCAAAAAUUAUUGAGCUCGCUCAAAACUAUGACAUGUACAGACAGCAAUUCGAAAAGCUCGAUGAUGGACAGAGAUACGCCCAAGACGUAGACGCCAAUAUUAACCAAAUCGAAAAUGGAAAAUGUUCAAAAUCUCUUCAAAAGAAAUACAACAAACUCGCGGCGUUAAAGAAAAUCGUUCAAUCUGAUGAUUACGAGCGAUUUUUCAUGACAUAUCCUCCGUCAGAAAGGUUAGAAACUCAAAUUAUUAAAAUCCCUGAAGAACGAAUACCAGAUUUUAUAAGAACAUACAUGGUUGAGAGCAAGGUUCAGCCUGAUAUUUUCAACCGUGUGUGCAAUGAGUUUCCUCUCCCUCAAGUUGAACAACAAGUUCUAUAUCAAGGUGGACAAUUCCAACCAGCCCAACCUACCCAGCCAAUAGCUCCAAUUGCUCCAAUUCCACCAAUUAACUAUCCUACAAUCCCUUGCUAA